CUGUCAGGCUGUCAUCUGUCAACAAGUGCCAUCCGCGCGGCUCUCUUCCUCUCCGCGACUGUUUUCAUCAGCUUUUAAUGAACCGAUCAUCAGCGGAACUGUAGCUGCGACUCGUGUAAACACCCGCCGGUCCCGCUGCGUCCUCGGUGACUUGAGGCUCGGCAGAGAUGGCGAAGAGUAGUACACCCAGGAGGUCACUGAAGAGUCUGUUCUCCAAGAAAGAAGUGAGCCACGAUGACUCGGUGGAGAAGAGUGGGGACAAGAAUGAAGGACAGAAGAAGAGAUUUCAGUUCUUAAAGUUCAAGUCAAAGCCGAAGACUGACCCUGGCCCCGUGAAGGCUGUUCAUGGGAGCCAGCAGCUGCUCAGUGCUGCUGAGCCCAGUAACAGUGCAGAAGAUGGAGGGACCUGGGUCGACAACAUCGCCUCGGACAACAAGAAGUUAUCUCUCUAUGGCACCUCGCCCAGGUCAAAGGCCUCCAUCCUGCCCUCUUCCUCUCAAGCCAAAGCAUUGAGCUACUCAGAGUUGGACCUUCGUAAGCCCAAAAGGAUUGCUUCCUUCUCCUUUGGUUUUAGAAGGAAGAAGAAGAAUGAUAAUGAAGAGAAUAUCUCUAAGAGCACUACUGUUCUGGAUAGCCCAGGCCUUGAAGUGCCAAAGGAGGUAACCCGUUUCCCUAAAAUUCAGCCUCCUUUGCGCCUGAGUCAGGUGAAGCUGGAUGAGACUGACACGAAGAUGACGUUCAGCAUGUCUCAACCAGUGCUUGACACCAGCGAUAAAUUUGAAAUCCCUUCUCCUCCCCCUGUGGCCACAAACCAGUCAGAAUCAUAUUUCACUAUCUCUAAACAAUCAGAGUCAAAUGUUGAUAUAAACAUCCACCCAGAAGCAAAGGAGCCUCUGACGAACAGUUCCAAUCUUUCUGCCGUACGCGAGGACCUGCAGAAAGCACCAAUCGCCACCAUCCCGGAGCUGCAGUUGGAUAAUCUAGAGUCAUUAGAGGAGAACGAGAACAUUCCUGUUUAUGAUAACUCCAAUCCAUCUGAACCUACGACUCUUACAGAAAUGACCUUUGCUGUCAACGACCAGUCUGAACCUAUACUUUCAGAUAGCCAGCCUCUAAUCGUGCCUGACACCUCAAAUGACAAAGUAGCAGUUGCUGAGUCAGUCUCCCUGAGCAACGGUCCAUGUGAUAAUGACAUCCUCCAGCAGUCUCACAAGAUAACAGAAAUCUCUCUUACUGAAACCAACAGAGAUGCAUUAUCAUACCAUCAACCUGAUGCCCCUGACACAGCUGACAGUACAGCUCAAAACGUUGAACUGUCCUUGGCAAGUGUUGACUCCAAAAUUGACGCCACAAUUAUGGAGUCAACCCCUGUUCCUCAUGCUGACAACUCAACUCUCAGCGCAGAUUCUGCGUCUGUCCAUCAAGAAGUCUCAAUUUCUCGCACUGAGGGAUCUACUCCCGAAACUGCCACAACUGUCACAGCAACCUCCACUGUUCGCAAAGAGAAGAGUACUCAACCUGUCAGUCAAACCGCAAUUUAUGGAGAGUUGUAUGACUCACUUCUCCCCCAGAGUCUUACCUUGGAGGUAGUGUCAUCCAUCUCAAACCCUCCAUCUCAAAUUCGUACAGAGACAAGACAUCUUAGCACCAGAUCAGAACCCAUCUUGGUAAAAACCCUAAAUGAACAUCACACAGAAACAAAUGUUAUUUACUCCCGCCUGUCAACAUCACGUGAGCUUUACUCUGGCAAAAUGAGUAAUGCCACAGGUGGUUAUACUAACAAUAAUGUCACCUUGAGCGAGAGUAAGGUGAUUCCUACUACCUCCAGAUUUAUGUCUAACGAAACUUCUACUGCUUUUCAGCCUCAAAGAAACACAGAUAUCUACAGCAGAUAUCUAACUUCCCCUCUUAAUUCAUCUUAUAAACCAGCUGACAGUGGUAACAUUCCACACUCAAAACUGACUCGCUCCCUUUCAGAGGUGAAAUCGGACAGUGUUAGCCUCAUUCAAGACAAUGUCAGCUCAGUUUCUGUUGUUCAAAGCCCUGCCCCUCCUGCCUCUGACGAUGUAAUGUCCCAAGAGGCAGAUGCUCAGGUUACUGACUCCAAACGGAGAGCGAUCCUCGUCAAAGAGUUAGUCACAGAAGAGGUGAGCUCAGAUCCUGUCUGUCCCUCUCUUGCACCUGAAAAAAUGAGUGCAACAGAGGGUCUUGAGAUAAAAAUUGAAAAAAGGGAGAGCUUUUCUGCACAUUCUGGACUGACGUCUGGGUCUGACAGGGCUUUAAGUCCAGCAUAUCUGAGCAUGGGAUCAGAUGAUGGUAGUGCUACGGAGAUCUACUACAGUGCCGAAGAGGACAACGCAGAGGAGUACACGGUGGAUGAAAGAAAAGAAAGCCACGUGGUAGAUGUUGUGAAAGAGGCCGGGCUGCGUGAGCAGAUUCCACAAAAGGAAGAGAUCGCAGAAAGCAGGAUAAAAAACAGAGAAGAGGGAGAAUUUAGGGUGGUGAUUGUUAAAACGCAGAGUGAGGAGGAUAUAAUAGGCAAGGAACAAGAGAAAGUGGAUCUCAAUAGCCGACUUGAAGUUCAACAACAAGUAAGAGGUCAGAGGUCAGAAGAUAAGGUGCCCCAGAUUGUAACAUCUAGGUUUCUUGUCGGCAGUGACACAAAGAGUCAAGAGAAAGAAGUAGCAGCCACAGUGUUGCCACAGGUGAAAGAAGACAGGAAGGAGGAGACAAAAGAGAAGCUACCAGCCACACUGGACAACACAGAGAAAAGCAAGGAUGUAGAGGUGAACAAGGUGGAUGAAAGAAAAGAAAGCCGCGUGGCAGAUGUUGUGAAAGAGGCCGGGCUGCGUGAGGAGAUUCCACAAAAGGAAGACAUUGCAGAAAGUGGGAUAAAAAAGAGAGAAGAGGGAGAAUUUAGGGUGGUGAUUGUUAAAACACAGAGUGAGGAUGGUAAAAUAGGCAACGAAGUAAAAUUGGAUCUCAAUAGCCGAACUGAAGUGCAACAACAAGUAAGAAGUCAGAGGUCAGAAGAUAAGGUGCCCCGGAUUAUAACAUCUAGGUUUCUUGUCAGCAAUGAUGAAAAGAGUCAAGAGAAAGAAGUAGCAGCUACAGUGUUGCCACAGGUGAAAGAAGACAGGAAGGAGGAGACAAAGGAGAAGUUACCUACCACACUGGACAACACAGAGAAAAGCAAGGAUGUAGAGGUGAACAAGGUGGAUGAAAGAAAAGAAAGCUGCGUGGCAGAUGUUGUGAAAGAAGCCGGGCUGCAUGAGGAGAUUCCACAAAAGGAAGAGAUUGCAGAAAGCGGGAUAAGAAAGAGAGAAGAGGGAGAAUUUAAGGUGGUGAUUGCUAAAACACAGAGUGAGGAUGGUAAAAUAGGCAACGAAGUAAAAUUGGAUCUCAAUAGCCGAACUGAAGUGCAACAACAAGUAAGAGGUCAGAGUUCAGAAGAUAAGGUGCCCCGGAUUAUAACGUCUAGGUUUCUUGUUGGCAAUGAUGAAAAGAGUCAAGAGAAAGAAGUAGCAGCUACAGUGUUGCCACAGGUGAAAGAAGACAAGAAGGAGGAGAGAAAGGAGAAGUUACCUGCCACACUGGACAACACAGAGAAAAGCAAGGAUGUAGAGGUGUACAAGGUGGAUGAAAGAAAAGAAAGCUGCGUGGCAGAUGUUGUGAAAGAGGCCGGGCUGCGUGAGGAGAUUCCACAAAAGGAAGAGAUUGCAGAAAGCGGGAUAAAAAAGACAGAAGAGGGAGAAUUUAGGGUGGUGAUUGCUAAAACACAGAGUGAGGAAGGUAAAUUAGGCAAAAAAGAAGAAAAAUUGGAUCUCAAUAGCCGAACUGAAGUGCAACAACAAGUAAGAAGUCAGAGGUCAGAAGAUAAAGUGCCCCAGAUUAUAACAUCUAGGUUUCUUGUCGGCAGUGACGCAUGGAGUCAAGAGAAAGAAGUAGCAGCUACAGUGUCACCACAGGUGAAAGGAGGGAGGGAGGAGGAGAAAAAGAAGGAGUUACCUGCCACACCGGUUCAGCAGGUGAACACACUGAUGGUAUGUGACUUUGCUCCACCUUCCAGCAAGCCACAUGGGCAGGGGGAGGGGUCGGAGGGAAACUGGACCGCGGAAUUGGAAACAGAAGACCCCCCUAAUGGAGAGAAGCAACUCCCAAGCCAGAAGACACAAUAUCUGUCUCACAAAGACACUGUGAUUUCUGAAUACAUGCAUGCCGUUUCCAGUCACACAAGAAAGGAAGACACGAUCACACCCAGAUUAAGAGAGGCAGAAGAGCAAGUUUCCCUAACUGCACAGGCAGAUAAAAUAGGUGAAGAGAGCAAAGACAGCACAGGAACAAGCAGUGUCACUACAGCAAGUGCAGUCACAGAUACGUCUGCUGGAGUAAAGGUUGUCACGGGCACUUUGACACAUAGCACCGAGCUGCAAUCAGAUGCCACAGAGACUGAACACAAUAGGGCUCCACAGAGUAGUGAGUGGGUGGAUACAAUUACUCAGAGCACAGACAGAACCAGGACGGUGCAGGAGCAGGUGGCUGUCGAGCUGUCAACGCCGAAUGUAGACACACAGCGUCCUGACACCAAAGCUGCUGAGAGCCUAUCGGAGAGACACCAGCAUCCAGCAGAAGCCCAACCCGACCUGAAUCAGGGGUCCCUGACAGCGUCAAGGACGCCCACAGCAGCUUCAGAAGUACUUGCUUCAGAAAGUCAGCCGACUGAAGCUGACAAGGAAUUGGUAGACGAAAUGAAUUCAGGCUACAGCAGCCUGAGCACCAAACUGUUCCUAAAGACUUCAUCUCCCCCUAAAGAAGAUGAAUCUAAAAAUCGUUUCCGCAAGGUAUCCCUGGUGAAUGAGACCGAUACCACUGAGGUCAGCGAGGAUGCAGUGGAUGUCAGCAAAACGAGCACCACUGUCACUGAAUCAAACGGAACAGAUAACAGCUCAGACUUCAAAUGGAAAAAUAGAUUUGAGGGAGUUUCUCAGUAUAGACCAUACAAAACAGAGUUUUCCUCCUUUACUGAUUCUCUGAGUUACAGAGUGUCUGACACUGACACCAGUCCCUCCCUCUCCUCCUCCUCCUCUGCUCUCCCUGAGGCUACAGCAUACAAACAUCUCAGCAACGCCUAUUCCUCCCCCUCCUCCUCCCCCGCUCCAGACGAACACACUACCCUUGGCAACAGGCUGAGUGACAGGACCACAGUUUAUCUGAGAUAUGAGAGCGAGCCAGCAGAAGCACCAAAGGAUGAGUGGAGGAGGAGUUUAGUGGAGCAGGAGGAGCCUGCUGCACCUGCAGCUGAAAGAGAGGGACAGGGAGAGCGAGGGGCAGAGUCAGAGAGAAUAAAGUCACACUGGGACUCACACGAGCUCCCUGUGUCCAGCCUCUCCUCUGCUCAACAAACCAGCCACGACGUUGUUGACAGUUUCAAGAAAGAAGACGACGACGACUCAUCCCAUUUUACUGGAGUGUUUACGGCCACACUGGUGGAGCUGGUCUCCGAACCUGCAGCUCCUCCCUCCACUCCCCCAGGCACCCCCGAGGAAGACUCCCCCAGCCAGUUUGACAUGGAUAGCCUGGUGGAUACCCUGAAGAGCAUGGGACCCUCCCUGAGGCCCAGGAACAUAGGGCCACGUGCGCCUGCUCCAGUUCUCAUUUCCUCCCUGCCGCCAAUAGUGGAGGAUGCUCCCAGCCCUAUCACUGCUGACAUCCCUGGUCUCCUAAGUCCCACAAAAAAGAUGGAAGCAAUUAACAACCCAGCCGAGUCCCUCAAAGGACUGUACACUCUGCCUGCUGACUUGGGACUGAAGAAGACCUCCAACAGAGACACUCGUUCACCACUGGAACUGAUGAAGCAGAGCCAGCAGGACCUGCCGCAGCCUGGAACAAGAGGGCUGAACUUGCCCCAGAGAGCAUCUGCUACCAACAGUAUAGUAAUGAGAAAAUCCUCUGACUCUUCUCCUGAGGAAUUAAAAUCCCCAGUGCUGAAUGGAAAUGGACUACUUCCAUCCUCUACAACUGGCUCUCGCCUGGACAGCAGUGUCAUCUUUGGAAGCCACAGGUCAGCUUCCAUAGAUCAGCCUUUAGAAAACGGGAAGGCCCAUCGCUCACUCUUCCGCACCAGCUCGCUGCCUGAAACUGGGCCUUUAAAGGAUCGCAUGAGUAUGGGACCAAAAGAGCUCGGUGACCAGAGCACUGAACCAGCAGGGUCCCGCUUUGACCGCUUUUCCUUCCUAUUGAACUCCUCACCCUCGGCAAGCUCCUUGACCGGGUCUGAAGACUCCACUCGUAUAAGCCGGCCUCCACUGCUGGGCAUGGGCUCGCCGCCCUCCAGCAACAGUCCCACACGCCUCCUCAGCCCCACUGGAUCCAUAGACCUCCAGAGGCCGUUCACCACCACAGACUCCCCCUUAUCUGUGUUUGGCCAGACACAGGGACUGGGGAUGGGGAUGGGCGUAGGUGCUGGGGUACUCAGCCCUCCCAUCCUGCAGAGAAGCUUCAGUAAUGAGGGCAUUGUGGGGGUCCAGCAGACUCCAUUGUUCAACAGUUUGCAUGGAGUGUCUCCGUUCCAGAGCCAAGAAGUCGAGACUGAGAGGACUUUAGCAGUAAAAUAUAGGGCCUUCCCUGAUGCUUAUCUCACGAAAGAAAAGGAACAUGGGAAACUCAACCCUCGUCCUGGAAAGAUGUAUAUCUUUGACCGGCCAGGGAUGUGUGGCCAGAGGAUCGAGAUUCGCAGUGAUGUCAUCGAUGCUACACCCUGGGAGCUUCAGGAGACCAUCUCCAUCAGAGUCGUCAGAGGAGGAUGGGUGAUGUAUGAGAAGCCUAACUUCAAAGGGGAGAAGAUCGCUCUGGAUGAAGGAGACAUAGAGCUCACCUACCCCUUCAGCCCUCCAGAGGAGCAGCUGCAGAACGGACAGGAGGGUGAAAGGCAGAACGGAGAAGCAACUGAUGCGCAGGCAGAGACCAAGCCAGCCCGGAGGUUCAUCAUCGGGUCUUUGCGAAGAGCUGUCAGGGACUACAGCGUCCCAGAAAUCAGUCUUUUCCCAGAAGAGAACGCAGAGGGGAAGAAGGUCAUCUUCAGAGAUACGUCUGAAGAUGCCAGGAUUUUUGGCUUCCCUGUCAAGGCUAACUCUAUCAUCAUAAACGCUGGACUAUGGCUCGUGUACGCACAUCCCUUCUUUCAGGGUGUUCCACGUGUCCUGGAGGUGGGGGGUUACUCCAACCCUGCAGCAUGGGGAGUGGAACAGCCCUAUGUGGGAUCACUACAUCCACUCAAAGUGGGUGAACCAAGAGUGGAAAAUACGAGUGAGCCAAAGAUGGUAAUCUACGACAAGCCAUACUUCAGUGGGAAAUCAAGGACCAUAACCACAAACACGAGAGACUUCAUAACCAGAGUAGACCGGCAGCAGACAGCCUUUAUGUACAAUGUCGGCUCCCUUAAAGUACUGGGAGGAAUCUGGGUGGGCUACGAGAAGGAAGGCUUCCGAGGCCACCAGUACCUGCUGGAGGAAGGAGAGUACCAGGACUGGAGAGUGUGGGGAGGCAAUGACGCUGAGCUGCGCUCCACAAGGGUGAUUCGAGCAGACCUGAUGGACCCCGUGAUGGUGAUGUUUGAACAGCCAGAAGAAGACCAGGAGGGCAUGUCGGAGGAGAACACCUUCGAGGUGACAGAGGCCAUUCCUGAUGUUGAGCUGUUUGGGUACAAAACCUCCACGCGCUCCAUCCACGUACUCAGCGGGGCAUGGAUAGCCUACUCCCAUGUGGACUUCUCUGGUAACCAGUACAUCUUCGAGAAAGGUUUCUAUAAUAACUGUGCUGACUGGGGCUCUCAGGACACUCGCAUCUGCUCAGUGCAGCCCAUCCUGUUGGCUCCGGGUGACAACGCAAGGUCCAGGACUGAGAUAAUAUUGUACUCUGAGCCAGACUUCCAGGGGGACUGUCACGUCUUCGACCGCAACCAGGAAGCCACACCAGAAAAAUUACUGACCAAGUCCUGCCGAGUGUCGGGUGGAAGCUGGGUGGUCUACGAGAACAAACAGUACUCUGGGAACUUGUACGUCUUAAGUGAAGGAGACUACCCCUCUUUAACUAGCAUGGGGUGUCUAUCUGAUGCCGUCAUCCGUUCUGUCAAGGUCGUGCCAAUGAAAUUCUCAGUUCCCUCCAUCUCUCUGUUCGGCCUUGAGUGUCUGGAGGGCAGAGAGAUCACCACUGACACAGAGAUCCCCAGCAUGGUGGAAGAAGGCUUUAACAACCACAUUCUGUCUGUCAGAGUCAACAGCGGCUGUUGGGUGAUAUGUGAACACAGCAACUACAGGGGGCGCCAGUUCCUACUGGAACAAAUUGAAAUCACCAACUGGCCAAAGUUUAGCUCACUACAGACUAUUGGCUCCAUGUUCCCAGUCAGACAGAAGCGCCGCUAUUUCCGCAUCAAGAGCAAAGAGAGAGGUCACUUCAUGUCAGUCCAAGGCGGCGUGGAAGAGAUGAAAUCAGGACGAGUGGUGGUGGCACCAGAAGUGGAGCCCAUGAGUGACAUCUGGUUCUAUCAAGAUGGCUUCAUCAAGAGCAAGUUGGCCCAGAACAUGAGCCUUCAGGUGAUGGGCAACAUAGAGCCGGGAGCCAAGGUGGUUUUGUGGUCAGAGACCCGGCAGCCUAUCCAGACCUGGGCAGCCCAGAUGAGUGGCCUCAUCACCAGCCUUACCUUCCCUGGCUGCGUCUUGGAUGUCAAAGGUGGUAAAACUUACGACAAGGACCAUGUGGUGAUGAUGCCAGAGAACGAAGAGAGGCCAAGCCAACAGUGGGAGAUAGAGCUGCUCUAAUCUGCUAUAAAAACCUCAUGUUUCUCUUUGCUACGUUUUCCUCAGGAGUGCAUCAACAGUGCCUCUCUUUACAACUCCAGAAUAUCCCAUAAAUAUUCUUGGAACCACUGCCACUGAUUUCUUUUUUUUUAAAACUCCAUGAUCUAUGUAACUAUACGAACAUUGCAAAUGUAAAAAUGCAACCGAGCACUGAGAAGCUGCAGACAGUUUAGUGCUUUGCAGAGUUUGGUGUUUUUGUUCAUGAAAUUAUUCCAUUUUCUCCAAGACAGAUAAAGCUGGGUUCAUCGCGACUCGCAAAGCAGGAAUAAAUGUAUUUUCCAUGAUGUCCUGAACAACUGUAUCCAAACCCAGCAUGGACAGAACAGACCAUUUGAAUUAAUGAUUAGACCUAUUCAGUGUCUUUGAGUUUGACCUCUGUCAGAUGUUAUCAUUCGUCAACAAUUUGAGUAUUCAAACUAGAAUCUCCCUGUUUGUAUGAUUCCAGGCUCAUGCAAAUCCCCUGACUGUAGAAACACCUGUCGAUAACGCUUUUACAUCUUUGUUUACAUUGGAGCAAACCUCAUUUCUGGACAUGAUUUUCCUGGAGUGAACAGCAAGUCGCUACCAGUGCUUUAUACAGAUAGUGGACAAAUGAAGCCAAACAAAUGCGUAGUGUGCAAAAACAUGUAUGCUAUGCUUUUUAAGGUAUUUUUUUAUAUGUACUAUAUGUAUCAGUUUGUUUUUGGGGAAACGUUGCACUUGUGCAUGCAUUUUAUCACAUUGCAUUGUGAAGUGCAGUGAAAUGGGUUGUGUGUGUUCAAUUACCCCGUUUCUUGUUGUAUUUUUGUUAUUAUUGUUACACAAAAAUAUGUUGUCUGCAUCAGCUGUAUGUUAAUAUUUGAUACUAAAGAUGUGAUGUCAGAUGUUAUGUAAGAGGGAGUGGUUUUGAAAUAUUAAUACAAAUAAAACUUGUUACAUAAAACAAA